AGUUUAAUGGUCUCCAAGGUAUCUACUAGUAGAGAUGACUGGCGCAACGUCCAUCCCACCCCAAGCAUGCAAGUACCUCGGAUGUACCUCUCUGUGGGGGCCUUCGGUCCGCUGAAACCCUCAUCUCACCCCUUCGUUCCUCAUUUACGCGUUCACGUACCUAGGGUUGUUCCGAUCCCGACUGCACGGGGCAAACACAAACCCGACCCUUGUGCCCGCCCACAAACUCCCCAAAAAUGAUACCAUCCAAGCUCCCCCUGAUCCUGCAUAUCCUGGUCGAGACGGCCGCGGCACGGUCCUUCAUCCUGCAGCCCCGGAGCCAGCUGCCGCUCGAGCGAGCCCGGGACCCCGCCGCGCGGGCCGAGGCCGACCUGAUCCUGAAGAACCUCGGCGGCGCCCUCCUGACCACCAACCUGGUCGCCGUGGCCCUGGUCCUCCGCCCGGACGACGAGUUCCUCGACCGGACCGGCCGCCUUAUCGUGCUCGCCCUGGCCUCGUAUCACGUCUGGCCGGCCUACAGGGCCCUCGCGCGUAUCUUCCGCCCGGCCUCCGCCGCCGCCGCCGUCGAGCGCACGCCUAAGAGCAGUGCCCCGUUUGGCGGUCCGCCUGUGCACCUUGCCGUCCAUACCGUCUGCUUCCUUGGCUUGUUGGGCUCCGGCCUGCUUGGCGCAACGGGCUGAUGGAAGUGGUGAUGAGUGAGUGGGGAGGAUAGUACUAGGCAAGAUUCUGAUGACAGAUAUUUUGUCUCCCAAUGGCACUUGAUAUUCCCAUGCCAACCCGAUUUUCGAAUGUUUUAUGUGCACCAGCCCUACAUUAAAAUAUCCCAAAACCGAUCCAUGCUCAAGG